UUGUGCUGUUUUUAAGCGCGAAAGACUUAUAUAUGACGCAGUUACGCUUUUAGAUGUUUAUCAAAGGUUAAGCUGUACUUAAAAACGCUGACAAAGUGUAAUUUGCAAAUAUUCGAAAUUCACUUCGCCUUUUUCCACAGACCCGUGUGUGCGCGCGCGCGCGCGUGCGUGUGUGUGUCUUAGUCAGUGAGCUAGCUCGCUAGCUCGCUAUUUUGCAGCCAGCCGUCCAAGCUGACAGCUAUGGCUGCAGUCAUCCUACAUUUCCCAACUCUGCACGGGCUAAGGAUAUUCACACAAAAAUUGUUAUGGACCAAAAGAGGAGUGAGACUUGUUUCCGGAGGGGUGGGAAGGAUAGAGAAGGUGCUGAUAGCCAAUCGAGGGGAGAUCGCCUGUCGAAUAAUGCGUACAGCAAAGAAGAUGGGUGUCCGCUCCGUGGCUGUAUACAGUGAUGCCGACCGACACUCUAUGCAUGUUGCCAUGGCAGAUGAAGCCUACCACAUUGGGCCACCUGCCUCCCAGCAGAGUUACCUCAGCAUGGAGAAAGUUUUAGAAGUGGCCAAAAAGUCUGGAUCACACGCAGUCCACCCUGGGUAUGGCUUUCUGUCUGAAAACACAGAGUUUGCUGAGGCUUGUAAACAGAAUGGAAUCAUCUUCAUUGGGCCACCGUCCUCUGCCAUCCGGGACAUGGGCAUUAAGAGUACUUCCAAACACAUCAUGUCAGCUGCAGGGGUGCCAAUCAUUGGAGGAUACCAUGGAGAUGACCAGUCAAACGACAGACUGCAAGCAGAGGCUGAAAAGAUCGGCUACCCUGUGAUGAUUAAGGCAGUCCGUGGAGGGGGCGGCAAGGGGAUGCGCAUUGCACGGUCCGACUCGGACUUCUUGGAACAGCUAGAGUCUGCAAGACGAGAAGCCAGGAAAUCAUUUAAUGAUGAUGUUAUGCUGGUUGAGAAGUUUGUGGAAGAUCCCAGACAUGUGGAAGUUCAGGUGUUUGGGGACAUGCACGGGAAUGCUGUAUACCUUUUUGAGAGGGACUGCAGUGUCCAGAGGAGACAUCAGAAGAUCAUUGAGGAAGCACCAGGACCUGGAAUCAGUGCUGAGGUUCGGAGGAAACUUGGAGAAGCAGCCGUGAGAGCAGCUGAAGCUGUCAACUAUGUAGGAGCAGGUACAGUUGAGUUCAUCAUGGAUGCCCAGCAUAACUUCUACUUCAUGGAGAUGAACACCAGGCUGCAGGUGGAGCAUCCUGUCUCUGAGAUGAUCACUGGCACAGACCUGGUGGAGUGGCAGCUCAGGGUGGCAGCAGGGGAGCGCCUACCUCUCCUUCAAGAUGACAUCGUGCUAAGCGGUCAUUCUUUUGAGGCCCGAAUUUAUGCUGAGGAUCCAAACAAUGAUUUCCUCCCGGGGGCGGGACCUCUACUACAUCUGUCCACCCCUCCACCAGACCAGCACACUCGCAUUGAAACUGGAGUCAGAGAAGGAGAUGAGGUGUCUGCUCAUUAUGAUCCGAUGAUAGCGAAGCUUGUGGUGUGGGGGGAGGACCGCUGUGCUGCCUUAAAGAAGCUGCGCUACUGCUUAAGGCAAUACAAUAUUGUGGGUCUGAGCACCAACAUCGACUUCCUGCUGAGUCUCUCGGGGCACCCGGAGUUUGAGGUGGGAAAUGUGAGCACCGGCUUCAUCCCUCAGCACUACGCCGACCUCUUCCCCACACAGAGAGCUCCCUCCGGGGCGACUGUCUGUCAGGCGGCCUUGGGCUUGGUGCUCCAGGAGAGGAAACGCACAAAGGACUUCACAUACACCUCCACAGAUCCUUUCUCGCCAUUUGGCUCUAGUAGCGCCUGGAGGCUGAACACGCAGUUUCACAGGAGCAUGCCGCUGCAGCUGGGAGACAAGAAGGUUGAGGUGGUUGUCACAUACAACAAGGAUGGGAGCUACACAAUGCAGUUGGGCGACGAGUUAUUCCAUGUGACAGGGGAGGUGGAGAUGGAGGGCGGAGCUUCUUUUCUGCGCUGUUCCAUCGACGGUGUCAAGUCUCGACCCAAAGUGGUGAUCCUGGACAACACCGUUCACCUGUUCGCCACGGAGGGGCGCUCUGACGUGUCUGUUCCAGUUCCAAAGUAUCUCGCUGCUGUGAGUGGAUCUAGCGCUCAGGGUGGCGCCGUGGCCCCCAUGACUGGAACUAUUGAGAAGGUGCUGGUGAAGGCGGGCGACAAAGUGAAGGUUGGUGACCCUCUGAUGGUCAUGAUUGCCAUGAAGAUGGAGCACAUCAUUCGGGCGCCCAAGUCAGGUGUGAUUGGAAAAGUCUUCUUCAGUGAAGGGUCUCAGGCCAAUCGACACGCUCCGUUGGUGGAACUGGAAGAAGAGGGCGGGGCUGACCUGGAGGGUGCCGAGUAGUUGAGCGGAAAGCCACAGACCUGGUCAGGUUCAGUCUGGAAUGGUUGGGAGUCUCUUUUUAACUUGGAAGCUCAAAAUGGGGGUUUUGGAAUUACUUGAGAUUCAAGUAGAAAUGAAGGCUAAAAAGCAUCACAUCCUCAAGAGACAGUGGCCUUUCUUUCCACUCUGCUGCCUUUAUUACAUCUUUGAGUCUGGGUAAUUUACUGAAAAAACAGAGUCUGGCUAAUUGUAGUAUCACAAUUUUGUGUCUGACUGCAAGUGAGGAAUUACCAGAAUGCUGGCACAACUGCACAAUAAUUGAAAUAGUUACUGAUGAGUGAGGAAGAUUUGUCAUUCACAUUAAUGCAAGUUGACAGCCCAAAUGCUAGUGUGUACAUUGCGAUUAAUAAAUGUCUGUUCUGCAAAUGAAAAUGAACUUUCAGUCAAGCUAUCACCACACUCCUCAUCAAAAUGUGUUUUUUCUAAAAUAUGUUUUUUGAAUCAAUCAGAACUGUAUCCCUACACUACAGAAUGUUACAGUGGAGAAAUCCUCAUGUCAGUAGUUUUUAGCUUGUGUUAACUUUUAAAAGCAAAGGGUGCAAAUGUCUCCUUUGUUACUGUUAAUAAAUUAGUCAUACAUGCAAA